GUAUGUAUUGUCUUUCCCAUACAAAGGAAGUGAAAGGAAGCACUUCCGGUUUAGGGUGAAUUGUGUUGGUUUUAGCCCCCUGUUGUUCGUGCAGUGAGUCGGAAGGACGGAACAGCAACCAAUAAAAGCACAUUUAUUCCUUGUCUGGGAGGCGGCCAAUGUUCUGAAGAGGUUUCAGCGCACAAGCUCGGUGUCCGGCCUGGUUUUUAAGAGGCGACAUGGAAACUUCGAAAUCGCCCAGGAGCGGGAAACAUCACUCGCGAUCCAGAUCGCGUUCGAGGGACAAAAAACGCAAAUCGGGCGACAAAAGGCACAGAAGAUCCCGGAGCAGAAGCAAAGAGGCACGGCGGAGGGACCCGGACAAGAUGGCCAGGUCGCACAGCAGGUCCGAGGACCUGGCGCACAAUUCGGAUAAAGAGCGAGAGAGACUUUCCGAAGACAGCGGAGAGGAGCGACAUCGCAGAAAGGACAGGAGAUCUUCUAGAGGAAGAAGCCUGUCCAGAUCCCGCUCAAGGGAAAGGAGACACCGCAGUCGAAGUCGGGACCGGCGAAAGUCCCUGUCGCGGAGUCGCGAGCGUCGAUCGAGGAGUCGCGAGAGGAAGAGACGGCCCAAAUCGCGAUCCAGAUCACGUUCCAAACACAAGCAAAGGAGCAAAAGCCGCAGCAAAAGCAGAGAGAAGAAGAAAAGGGUUGAGAAGGUGAAAAGGAAGAGUCACAGUCCCUCUGCAGUUCCUUUGGCAUUCCGGGGCAGAAACACGGCGAUGGAUGCGCAAGAGGCUCUGGCCAGGAGGUUGGAACGAGCCAAAAAGCUGCAGGAGCAGAAAGAGAAAGAGCUGCUGGAGAAACACCAACAGCAGCAGCAGGAGAUCGUCACAGCAGCAGCGACGGUGGCAGCGCCGUCACUGUGUGAGAGCGCCCCGGCCGCCGCAGCCUCCGCCCCAGCUCUGAACGUGGCCGCGCUGCUCGCUUCCGGCACACAGGUCACACCACAGUUCGCCAUGGCGGCUCAGAUGGCCGCGCUGCAGGCUAAAACGCUGGCGGAGACGGGCAUCGCUGUGCCCAGCUACUACAACCCCUCAGCCGUCAACCCCAUGAAGUUCGCCGAGCAGGAGAAGAAGAGGAAGCUGUUGUGGCAGGGGAAGAAGGAAGGAGUGAGGGAUAAGUCUCAGACCGCUGAACUUUGGGAAAAGCUCAAUUUUGGCAACAAAGACCAAAACGUGAAGUUCCGAAAACUGAUGGGCAUCAAAGCCGAUGAAGAAUCCACUUCCGGACACCUGAACGAGGAAGGCAUUAAGACCCUGCAGCAGCAGGAGGAAAUGUUCCGUAACCUGGACGUGCAGUACGAAAUGGCUCGCUCACAGACGCACACGCAGAGGGGGAUGGGCCUCGGCUUCACCACGUCUUUCUCUUCGCGAGGGAUGGACCCCGUCUGAACUAACCCACAACCACACCCCCCCCGUUUCACUCUUUCAUCAUCGGGUCGGCUUGUUUUUAAACGAGUGUAUAAAAAGCCGACGCUGUAGAUCGCAUGGAUGUCGAUUUGCGUCUAUAAUUUAUUCAAACACCUGUUUUUUGUCUUGAAAAAAUCCGGAUGUAAAUACAAACUGAUUUGGUUCAUUUAUUUGUAUUUUUUGACUGCAGAUCUCUGGAUCAAUAGGAUGCUGUGUAGCUCUAUGGGAUUUCUUUUUUUUUUUUUUUUUUUUUUUUUUUUUUUAAUAUACACACUAAACUCCGUUUCCUUUGUGGAUAGAACAGACAGAACAUUGUGCUUAGGAUUGUGCUAAAAAAAAACCCCACACAAUUUCCAUCAGAAAAACAUGGGCAUAGUGGCCACGAGUGUCAAGCUGUUGUAACUGCCUAUCAUUAUUAAAUAUUUUUUGUUUUAGUUUAAAAAUAUUACUGUGAUUUUUACUAAUAAGUAAAUGGAAAGAAUGUCCAUUUAAAAAAAAAUGGUCCUGACUAAAGGGUCGACCGAAACCUCGAAUGGACCGUACUUAAAAUCUAUUAAAGUUUUAAAAUGGAUACUGGAUAAUAAAACACGCUCCAUGUAAAAUAGUACUGAACUUUAUUACAAAAAAAACAUCGUGAAAAUUCAUUAAAGAAAAUCUCUGGGGAUUAAUCUGCAAAACCGAUUAAUCGGUCGACCUCUAGUCCUGACAAGAUAUUAAUCCCUGAUGGGGAAAAAAAGGCCAAAGGAUCUGAAAAAAAUUCCUAACUGUGGAAAAGUGAAUCAUUUUGGGGUUUUUAUAAGCAUUUCAAUUUUGUUCAUUACCUCUAGUGAUGUAAAACUUGAUUUGCUUUUCCAGAACAGUUCAGUGGCAAUUUUGCGUCGCUUCAGAUAUGAUUGUUUUUUAAAUAUAAAUAAUUGUAUUAAAUUA